AUGAAGCUUUUCAAGAACCAGGGAAACGCGCUUUCCAGCCGCGCUGGUCGGCGGCGGGGGCAUUGUUUUUGGAGUCGGGCGGGAGGGAAGGGCGCGUGCGGGGUGGCCGGCGCAGUGGUGCACUGGUGGGGGCGGGAGCGGGUGGGCACGCGCGCGUGUCUCUGUGCGCGCGCGGGAGUCGGCGGGGCGGGACAUGGGGGCGGCGCCUUGCAGUCUCGCGCCCCACGCCUGGGCUCCGCUCCGCACGUCUCGGGGAUCCCGGGCUCCGGUUUUUGGCUCGUGCCGGCCUGGGCCGGGCCCUCGGCGCGCCGCUGCUGCGGCGGUGGCCGCUCGAGUGUGCGAGCGGGCGCGUGUGCGCGGACCCGGGCGCGCGCGCGCGCGCGCGAGCCCCCAGUGUGUGGCGGCGGCGGCGGCGGCGCGGCGAGGCUGGGGCUCUUGUUUACCAGCAUUAACUCCGCUGAGCGGAAAAAAAAAGGGAAAAAACCCGAGGAGGAGCGAGCGCACCAGGCGAACUCAAGAGAGGCGGGAGAGCUAGAGGGACGCCGCCAGCGAGCCUGCCCGCGGCCGGCGCUCGCAGACCCUCGGCCCCGCUCCCCGGACCCCCCCCCCGCGCUCUCCACGCCCCUCCCGCGCGGGGGCAGCUCCACGGCGCGCCUCGCCUCGGCUGUGACCUUCAGCGAGCCGGAGCCCCCGCGCAGAGCCGGCGGCGGCGGGGAGCUCGCGGCGGCGGCGGCCGGCGCGGCGGCGCUGAGGGAGCGAGGCGGCGCGCCAGCGCGCGGAGGGAGGAGGAGGCAGGGGGAGCCGCUCCAUGUUCAUUUGGACUCCGGGUUUCUGCCCCUCCGCCGCCUCGCCUGCGACCCCGAACCUUGGGGCCGAUCUUGCGAAUGCGUCGCGCCUCCGCGGCGGAGGCUCGGGCGUCCGGCCACCUCCCGCGCCGGGCCGGGCCUUGUUUUUCCACUCGCCGCGAGAGAUUUGGGCUUGCCCCCUUUCUUUGCCAGUUUUUCCCCUCCUGCCUCUCCUCCGGGUUUGAAAAUGGAGGCCGACGACGCCGACAGCCCCGCCCCGGCGCGCCUCGAGUUGCCGAUCCGCCGAGCCCUGGGCCGGCUGCUGCCGGCGCUGGGCCACCGCGCGCCGCCGUCCGCCGCACCCGGAGGGCCGGCGGCACCGCCUUCGGAAAAAGGGAAAUUUCCGUCCCAAAUAAAAGGGAAGAAGUCUGGCUCUGGAGAAGGGUCCGCGACCUCGCUGUGGGGCUCCUGUUUCUCUCCGCCGCGCUCUCGCUCUGGACGAGAGUGGGAGAAAGUGAGUAUGUGCCCGCCGCCCGCGCGCCUGCGGGAACUUUUCCUUCGAGGGGCUGCGCCCUGUUUGCGAAACCCGAGUUGCCACCGUCGCAGCUGUCGGGCCCCGGGCUCGGGAGCGGCGGGCGCGGGGUGGCUCUGCCGGGAGGAGGACCGGCGGACCUGGGAUCCGGGCUCGUUCGUCUGGAGCCAGCGGGCCUGGCUCCCGCACAUCCCCGUGCUGGAAGGCGGGGGGGCUUUCUCUCUAGCCGUGCAGACAGUCCUGUCCCCGGCUAGGCUCGAGGACUCGGUGGAAGCCCCUCUGCUUGGAAUAGCAAACAAUACUACCAGCUUGCCCUCUGGGAAGCUCCUUUAAGAGUGAGCUGUAAUUUCACCCUCUGUCUGGCCUUCAUUCUGCAUGCAGAAUGAUUGCACUGACUUGGUCUCUUGCUAUACCUCCUAUUUGGGCAUCUCCCCCAAAUGGUACCUUGGUUAUCUUUGAAUUCCCAGGAGGUGGCCCAGUGCCUGGCGCGUAGGAGGAGCUGAAGAAACUGAAGACUUCUUAAAGGGAUACUCCCCAUUCACUUUGAAGCGCUUUUUUAUACACAUUUAUUUUCAUCUAAUCAUUGCACCUCUGCCAGCCGAAACAUUUUAUCACACCAGUUACUGCUGCAUGGAACUUGAAGUAAUAAAAUUAUCUUUAAAAUCAU